AUUCAUGGCUUAGUUUUAAACGUAGCGUUGCGGUACUAGAUCUGUAAUUCGUAACGCUUACUGGUUAUCAAUCUAUGCACUCCUAGUUUCGCUUUCUUAAUCCUUUGAUUCUAAAGCUUAUAUGAUUGCUAAUUUUUUUUAUUGCUAGUGCUUAUAUGAAAUAGUGCAUUUUGUACGAUUUUGGGGACUUCGGCUAUCCUCCUCUGUCCAUUAUCGUUAUCCUUGCUCACGUUACUCUAUAUGCUCUUCUUGUGCACAGGACACUUGUCCAAUACUCGUUACUUCAUGAACUAAGAUACUGUCCUUACUUAGCACCCGUCUCCUUACGAGAGCAUUGCUUUCUCGGUGGUUCCAGGUCAUUCUAGCAAUGCUUCUAAGACAUUUAUAAUCGAAUACUAAUAACCUACGAAUGGUCAUGUUUCGCAUCCAUAUAGUAGGCUGGAGCUAAAUACUGCACACUAGACUCGUCCUUAGGUUAGCAAACGGGUAUCUCUUCUAUGCUAUAAGUGACGAAGUUUGGCGAAAGCCAGUCGAGACUUCUGUAUCCGUGCUGAGAUUUCGUCACACAUCAGAUCAACUAAUUCACUCCUUAUCGCUAGUUCAGAUACAUACGCAAGCAGAUCUUGAAGCACCAUUUUGCUUUUCGAGGAAGAAAACCGAAUCCCUAUCAUGUUUGUAUUGUUGCUUAUGGUAGUCAGAAGACUGUGUUUUGUCAGUGUCUUGAUCAAGUAGAACUAUCUCAUCAGGAAAUUCUAAUACACCAAGCGAGUCUCCUAAGAAGUGACGUAUCUAAAAUCAUGUCAGUCACAAAGUUAAACGAGAGUGGAGAAAGUAGACAACCUUGAUGAACAUCAUUUGUGGUAAUGGCUUCCGAAUACUGUUCCCCAUAAACUCAGACGUAGGCAGUACUGCUUGAGUAGAGAGCUUCUAUACACCUUUGAAAAUGAUAGACACCGUCAUCCUCACGAUCGACUUCGCCAGACGCUGCCCUAAGAUCCUGGAAUACAAUUAUUGUCGGACGCCUGAUUGUGUUUCUGUGUUCUAGGACCUGAGGAAGUAUGAAUAUCUGGUCUGUGCAGCCACGUCCAGGUCUGAAACCAGCUUAGUUAUCUCGAGUCUCCUCUUCUUGAGCUUUAGUCAGGCGUCUAUAUAUUAUCAAGACUAACAUAGAAACUAUGUUAGUUAAGCCGAUUCCUCUGUGGUUGUCACAAGAGAACUUUUGUCUUUUCUUAUGGACCGGGACAAUCAGUGAUUGGGACCAGUCAGACGGGAUUACGCCCAGUUCCCAGAUUCCGCCUAAGAUCUCAGUCAAUCUAACUGUUAGAAAUGGACUACCAUCCUUAAAAAUUUGAGGGGUUAACCUAUCAGUGCCCGCUGCUCUCCGUCGCUUUAGAUUUCCUAUAGCCUUUCCAACUUUGUUAGGGAUCGGAGGACCUACAUCGAUUCGCCAUGUAAGUUGACUGGAGAUCGUGGGUAAGCGAAGUGUGGCUGAAGGCCAGUUGAAUUGAUCCAUGAAGUGUUCUGCCUAUCGAUCUAAUCUACUGGAUUGAAAAUGAAUCAUAGUCUCACUAACAGUCGGAUUUCGAAUAUCAGUUUGCUUGAUAAAUCUGAAUAGUUUUCUACUGUUAACUAUCGCCCCUGCCUUUUCCAUCGUCCUUGCUUUCGGUACCCAGCACUGUUCGCGAUCAUUGCGUAGCUCUUUUGUCAGCCUGCACUUCGGCUUCCUCCGCUCUUAGUCAUGUUCAGAGCCAGGUGGGAUAAGUGUACAAACGUCUCUCAGUCCAGUAGAUGCUACCGAAAUCAACUACACUCUAACCCUAUGGUUUAUCUUACUAGCAGAUAUCACUGCCGCUUCCACAGCUUUUCGGAUAUGAUUCCAAGCUGCUUACUUUUCUUCUAGUUGCCCAUGAACUAUAUUCUUAAAUUUGCUAUCACUGAGUAGAACCAUAAGAGGUUUCCUUGCAGUGUCCUUCCUCUGUCCAGUAAGACGCAAAGAAAUACGUGUUCGUAGUAUAGUAUGAUCUAAAUCUAAACAUGUGCUUUAGAACAAGCGACAGUCUUCUAUCGAGCCUCUCCAUCGGUGGCAGAUAUCCAUGUGGUCUAGUCUGGUUCAGGGUUAGGACGACUUUGGUGGUCUACAUGUCAACAUAAGGCAGUUAUCAUACCGAAUGAAUUCAAAAUCUUGGUGACUUGCAGCUUUCUCUUUUACUACACUACUUAUCCUUUUUUAUCAAUAAAGUCAUAGGACAGCCGCAUUAAUGUAAUAUUAUGAUUCUUUUACAGAUUAAGGAUGCAAGAUAGUGUUUGUGAACGUUUUGUUCGACGUUACUUACUAUCGAGGAAUUUCAAAGAUACACUAAAUGCAUUCGAAACGGAGUAUUCCAAAGAAAAAAGUAGAGGGAAAUUUCAGCCAUCGGACAUUGUCGAUCAACUUCAAGAAGCAAUAUACGACUCUAAUUUAACUCAACUGACCAAUCAGUGGAGCUUCUUAGAAAAUACAUUAUUUCACCGGUUAUCAGGUGAUAAACAACUUGCUGCCAAUGAACUCAAAGUGCAUGUUUUUCGUACGUAUUUGGUGCAGGCUAAAAUAAAGAAACGUCAAGCUAAAAUGACUGAGUUUUUUGAAUUACUUUCUUCGCAGUUUCAGUUGGGAAGAGAAGAAUGGCAAAGUUGGUGUGCUUUGCCGUAUGCAGCAGAUCCUAAAAUGCACCCGGAGUUUUUUAUGUAUUUUACAAAGUCUUGGAUGGAUGUGUUGAUUUUGUCAUUGACAAACUUCCUCUGUUUAAUAAAUUACUCUGAAAGUAACCAAAGCAGAGUAUUUUUUGAGACAGAGUUUCCAAACCGAAAGACUAAACCAAGUACAAACGAAAAAACAUCGACCUCAGGGAACCAACUACCAUUUGGAGAGCCCCUUGAUGAUUUCAAUGAACUGGGAACUAUCCGAACACAAUCAAAAAUUUCGUGACCGUUUCACAGGUUCAGGGGUGUGUAACAAGUAUAGCUUAUGUUAAUAACUUAUUUUUGCUUUGCAUGGUUCUUCAUAGGCUGGCUGUUGAACAUAUUCAACUUAAACAUUCCUGAAUAAUCAUGAACGUUUGUAUUUGACGGAGAAAACCUCUUCCUUACACAAUUGAUCUUUAUUUGUGUAGUAGCUAAAUACUUUUCCUAAAAUUGAGCACUUAUCUCAGAUGGAGGAGGGCCUGUUUAAUCCCCAUAAACCUUUUGCAUUAAUUGUGUUUUGUUAAUUUCUCUGACUUUUAAACCAAACUUUUCAGCUAAACCUAUUCAUUUGAUAUGUCCUUCGAUUUUGCUACAAUUAAAGAUGUUAUGCAUCAUUAAUUCGAUCUUCUCUUAUAUUUGUUCCGUACUUGCAACAGUCAUUAAGAUCUGACUGUUACAUUAACUGGGGACAAUCAAAGACGAUAAAAAGUUGUCUGUUAAAUGAUCGACGAAGCGGAAAUUCAAAGUAUUUUACUGUAGUUUAAAGAUGUAUGAGUCAUGAAUAUGAAUCUAUUGGUUAAAAUGGCACUAAAUUGUAC